GAGAAAGCUAGUGAGCAUGAAACUCCCGGCUCCCUUAGAUAAGCUCAAGAGAAAGGGAUAGUUUUGUAACAUUCUUUCCCGGUAGCAGUUGAUGUAUGGAAACCAGUGAAUAUGGAAGAGGGAAACAUAGAGGAGAAAAGGGAAUCUUGGGGAUCCAGGGUUUCUUUUCUUCUAGCGUGCAUUGGAUACGCUGUGGGUUUAGGAAACAUCUGGCGGUUUCCCUAUAAUGUUUACAAAUCUGGUGGUGGGGCCUUUCUAGUACCGUACUUCAUCAUGCUUUUCCUCUGCGGGAUUCCUCUUCUUUUAAUGGAGAUGGCAGUUGGACAGUAUACUAGAAGAGGUCCUAUCGGAGCACUGGACAAACUAUGUCCAAUCUUGAAGGGAGCUGGAGUUGGGACAGUUAUCAUAUCUUUCUUCUUGUCCACCUACUACAAUGUGAUCUUGUCUUGGACCUUAUUCUACCUCGGAGCCUCCUUCCAUGAUCCUUUACCUUGGAUAGGAUGUGAUAAUGAUUGGAACACUGAAAACUGUUUUGAUUUGGAGAAUGCAACCAUCAGCUCAAAUGACUCAGUUGCAAGUACUCAGGAAUACUUUGAUCACCAUGUUCUUAAAAUGAGUGACGGCAUCACUUCAGCUGGAAGCUUACGGGUGGAACUUUUUCUUCUUCUCAUAGCAGCCUGGGUGAUGGUGUAUCUAUGCUUAUGGAGGGGAGUAGCUUUGACUGGAAAAAUUGUUUACCUAACAGCCUGUGUUCCCUGCUUCCUUCUAAUAGCUUUUGCUGUUCGAGGUUUAACUUUAACUGGAGCGAGCAAAGGUUUGGAGUUCUUCUUUAAACCUGACUGGAGUAGAAUACUGGAAGUGAAAAUUUGGGUAAAUGCUGCAUCACAGGUCUUCAACUCAAUAGGAAUUGGAUUUGGUUCCCUGAUCGCCUUUAGCAGUUACAACAAGUUUAGAGGACCAGUUCUACGCGACACUUUGAUUGUUACCUUUGUUGAUGCUAUCGUCAGCAUUGUGUGUGGCAUAGCUGUGUUCUCUGUUCUUGGAAACCUGGCUCAUGAGCAAGGAAAGGACGUUAAAGAUGUGGUGACUGAUGGCCCCGGGCUUGUGUUUGUUGUGUUCCCUCAUGCACUCUCACAAAUGCCAUUUCCACAGUUGUGGUCUGUCAUCUUUUUCCUGAUGUUACUCUUUCUUGGUAUUGACAGUCAGUUUGCAACUGUAGAGGUUAUUAUUACGUCUAUUAAGGAUGGAUGCCAUGGAAUGGAGUUCAAGAUUAGACAUGAAGUUCUAGUAUUAUUGGUUUGUCUGGCAUCUUUUAUUUGUGGAAUACCUCAUGUGUUCCAAAGUGGCAUUUACACCUUUACAAUUGUGGACUUCUAUUCUGCUACAAUCAGCUUGAUGUUCAUUGCUCUGUUUGAAACUGUUGCCAUUGUCUGGUGCUAUGGAGCUGACCGGUUGGGAAUGAACGUUAAAGACAUGACGGGGAAGGCUCCGUCCCUAUUCUUCAGCCUCUGUUGGAAAUAUGUCUCCCCAGUUCUCAUCUUUAUCCUGUGGGUCUUCACAUUGGCAGAUUAUAGCACUCCUACAUUCAACUCGGGACAAUACUUCUUCCCAACAUGGUGUCUUGCCUUUGGUUGGAUUAUCACCUCACUCAGCUUGGUCUCAAUACCCUUGGUGGCAGUCCUGCAAGUAGCAACAGCCAAUGGGAAGUCAGUACUUCAGAAGUUUGUUCGCGCUUGGAAAUCAAGGAUUGACAAAUGCCCGUGCUGUAAUGAGAAGCUAGAUUCGAACCAACAAGCUCAUACCUUAUACUCCAAUACACAGUCAGAGGAGUCUUUAGCUCUCAAUCUGAAAGCAUAGAUCAGAAAACAUGGAUCAGAAAGCAUAGAUCAGAAAGCAUAGAUCAGAAAGCAUAGAUCAGAAAGCAUAGAUCAGAAAACCUGGAUCAGAAAGCAUAGAUCAGAAAGCAUAGAUCAGAAAACCUGGAUCAGAAAGCAUAGAUCAGAAAACCUGGAUCAGAAAGCAUGAUAAGAAAUCAGAACUUUCUAGAUGAGAAACCUUCUUGAUCAAGUUGUACUAUGCUCAAUACAAUCUGCAUUUGUACAGUUUUUUUAUUUAUCAAUAUCACUAGUGUCAAUUUAAGAAAAUCAGACUAGUGUCAAUUUAAGAAAAUCAGACUAGUGUCAAUUUAAGAAAAUCAGACUAGUGUCAAUUUAAAAAAAUCAGACUAGUGUCAAUUUAAGAAAAUCAGACUAGUGUCAAUUUAAGAAAACACUAUUCUGAGGUUCAAAUCCUAUGUUGUGCAAUGUGCUAUGUAUAUUGCCAAUUAUGAUUACUAGAUUAGUAGAUAAAUGUCUGAACAAGUCUGAACAUAGAGAAUAUUACAAAUUACCUCAGAUUGUUACUCUCAACACCAUCUAGUGUUUUCUAGUAGAACUAUAUUUAAAAAUGCGUUUUAGAACAGGGUUUAUGAACAAAAAAGUCUUUUAUAAGCUGUUUAAGCCUUAUUAAUAUUAUAAAAUUAUUGCAAUUUUAAGUGACACUUUUUUUAAAUUGGGCAUACCUGAUUCACAACGGAAUGAAAAAUGAAAAUGAUCAGUUUUUAAAAGCCAAACCGUUGUGAAUCGGACAUGCCACUCUCUCAACAGAGAUUUAUCUGAAAUAUCGUUUACAAUCCUUUUAACCCCAGUAUUGCUGAUCUUUUACAACAUGUCUUUCUUUCCGUAAAUCAGACACAACACAUAAACUUGUUUCUUCAAACCAUAUCAAAUAAUAUUAAUAAUAAAUAGUUUCAGCUUUAAUAAUCUCAAAAUACUUUUUUUUUGUAAUAUUCUCCAUUUUAUCUAUAAUUCAUGAGUCCAAUGAUGCUGGUUUAAAUACGCUAGACAGCCUGUUGUUAGGCUUUAAAAUAGUUUAUUCUAGAUAAUUGUUUAUUUUUGUUAAUAUUGUUAAUUUAGUGAAAUUUACCAGAGUGUUUGUCGUAAUAAACUUAAGAAAAAAUU